AAGUAAUUGAAUAAUAUCAAGCGUCUUUACUGGUCACAGUCGGAUUGAGUAAUUGAGCAAAUGUUUAUCCACGUAGAGUUCAUUCAUUUCGUGUAUUACACAGUGACCUCACCGAAAAAGUAAUCAUGUUCAUUUGAUCGGGCCGGGAAACAAAAAUUAUCUCAUUCAUCGCAUAAAUUCAUCAUGUGUGAGCCAAUAGUGUCAUUCUCAUGAACACGUGUAAAAUGGACGCGAACAUUACGAAUGACAUGUCGAAGACGAUACCGGCAACCGAUUUGCUGUUGCCGAAUGAACAGAAAGUGACGAUGGACGAAGACACCACAUGCGGCUUUUGGUUCAUGAAAGGGAAAUAUAUACAGAGGUUCGCUAAUAAGAAGGCAUACGUGUGUUUGUAUGGCAUAAUUGGGUGUAUAUUUUCGGCUGCGUACGCCUACUUUAAUGGGACCAUAACGACGUUGGAGAAGAGGUUCAAGAUACCCAGCAGAACCACAGGAAUCAUCACCGUGGGCAAUGACUUAAGCCAGCUUCUGCUUUCCGUAAUACUGAGUUAUUAUGCGGGCAGAGGUCACAGGCCCCGAUGGAUGGCUCUGGGGAUGUACACGGUGGUUAUGUUCUGUCUCCUCACAGCCCUGCCACAUUUUUUGUACGGCCCUGGAACCGACGCAUUAUCCCUUACAUUCGAGCACGGAACUAACGGCAACGACUCCUUCGACGCUCUGCUACACCAACGCAAAAAGUCCCUGUGUCACACUAAAAAUUCAACAAACUCAGAAUGUGUAACCGAAAGCGGCACUUAUUCCCCGCAAUUAAUUUUAUUCGCUGCACAAUUUAUAUCUGGAAUUGGUGGUCCACUUUAUUACACGCUGGGAGUAUCGUAUAUGGAUGACAAUAUUAAAAGGUCUAAGACGCCGGCACUCUUCAGUUUUUCUUAUUUUAUUCGGAUGUUGGGGCCUGCCAUUGGUUAUGGCUUAGCUUCAGUGUGUUUGAAGCUUUACAUAUCACCAACGUUGACACCUACAAUUAACAAUCAAGAUCCCAGGUGGCUUGGGGCUUGGUGGCUAGGUUGGAUUAUACUUGGAGUGUUACUGUUUUUCUUUUCCACUUUGUUGGCUCUAUUUCCAAAGACGUUGCCCAGAGCUGCCGUCAGGAAAGAGCUACUCAGACAAAUUUCUAAGGCGUCAAAAAAGAGUGAGCCAGAACCAGAAAUUAAAACCUCAUUUAAAGAUAUGGUCAAAACAUUCCGAAGACUGAUAACUAAUCCCAUAUUGAUGCUCAAUAACUUUGCUGCCGUGUUUUACUUCCUGGGUUACAUGCCUUACUGGAUCUUCCUACCAAAAUACAUAGAGACUCAGUAUAGACAAUCAGCUUCAGCAUCCAGCCUCAUUACAGGUAGUGCCGGACUAUUAUUUUCAGCAGUAGGUAUACUAUUGUCCGGAUUAAUAAUAUCCAGAUACAAACCAAGAGCUAGAUACUUAGCUGCUUGGAACGUCAUCGUUGGAGGGAUAUCUGUAAUGGGGAUAAUAUCUUAUGCCUAUCUUGGGUGUGCUGAAAACGAUAACAGGGCACCGCUUCUUCCGGACGGACAGUUGAAGGUUGAAAGGAAAUGCAACCAAGACUGCAACUGCGAUUAUGUAAAAUACAAUCCGGUGUGUUCUCAAGACGGUGAAACAAGCUUCAUAUCAGCCUGCCAUGCGGGCUGUACACAAGUUAGAAAAAUCAAUGGCACUGAUAUAUUUUCGGAUUGUUCCUGUAUAACCACAAAUAAAACUGUUCAACAGCAAGCAACGAUACAAAUGAAAAAGUCUUUCAUAAAAGAACAUGGUUAUCUGGAGCACGGCUUCGCCAAGUCGGGAAGUUGUCAAGUCGAUUGUCUGUAUCAGUUUUAUAUAUUUUUAGUUGUCGUCUGCCUUCUCAAAUUCAGCGGUGCUACAGGAAGAGCAUCUAACUUUUUAGUUACAGUAAGAUGUGUCGAGGAAAAAGACAAACCGGUGGCGAUGGGCUUUGGGUUGAUGCUCAUGAGUCUCUGUGCCUUCGUGCCAUCACCGAUCCUCUUUGGUACAAUUCUAGACAAGUCUUGUUUGGUUUGGGGUAAGACCUGCACAGGUAACGGUAACUGUUGGCUUUACAAUGGCGAAGCUUUGAGGUACUCGAUGAACUUCACAGCUGCCACCUUCGUGCUCAUUGGUACGUUGUUCGACGCUGGAGUGUGGUAUUUUGUCAAGGGUCUCAAAAUAUUCGAUGAAACUGUCGAAUUAGAACUCGAGAACUUCACCACCAAUUAAGAAAACUCGUUUCAGUUUGAGUAAAUGUGUUAUACACAUUUUUAUUAGAUAAUAAAUUAUAUACAAGUUUAAAUACAUAUAUUACUUUGUCAUAUAUCUUUAAGCUAAUAAAAC